GUAAAACACGAUUUGUUAUAAUUUUAUUAAAAAAAUUAGAAAUUAUUAAUAAAAGUUUAAAUAUAUUUUAAUAAACAGUAUGUCUAGUCGCUGGUAUCCAAUUUAUCAACGUGGUAAUCCACAAUUGCGUGUUUUUCUGCCAAACUUUUGGAUGAAAUUAAUACGGCCAAUUGAGGAACAGCCCAAAAAUGUAGCCACAUUUUCGGUGUCAAUGGAAAUGACAAAAUACGAUGUGAAAAAUUAUCUAGAGAAAAUUUACAAAAUUCCCGUAGUAGAUGUACGCACUCGUAUUGAAUUGGGUUCCACUAAGCGUGAUACUACCUAUGGUUAUGUGACCAAAAAUGAGGAUAUGAAAAUAGCUUAUGUAACUAUGCCUAAAACAACGGAAUUUACAUUCCCCGAUUUGUUUGCCAAAAAAGCGGAAACAAAGAAGAGCGAUGAGAAGGCAUUGGAUGAUUCGAAGAAGGGCUUCAGAGAUUUUCUGGAACGUAAUAAAAAGAGACCUGGUACACCAGGAUGGUAUUCUAUUUAGUUAGGUCAAUAUUUGUUAAUAAAAUUAAAAGAAAAAAUA